CCAGUGUUUUCUUUUCACGAUGUACUCAUCGAAAUAUCCAGCAAAUAGAAUCCAGCUGUCAUCAAAAGAUACGACCUUGAUAAUUAGUCUUUUUAAUGCACCGAAAUAUUUGAAUGAAUACAUUGGUAUCAAUAGUAUUGCAAUCGUUAUAUAAUUUUAUUUCAGUCGCAAAGGCAGUAAAGUUUUCAAAUAAAAUUGUUUCUAAUAUUUAACACACUUUAGCGCAUAGAUCUUGAUAGAUUAUUAAAAACUGUGCAGUAUGUGUAUUAAAUUUAAAAAUGUUACGCAUUGCUUAUUUGAUAUGGAUGGUUUAUUACUAGAUACUGAAGUGGUUUAUGAAGAAAUUGUAAGGCAAAUAGCUGACUCUUUUAACAAGUCUUACCCUCGUGAUGUGCGAGUAAAAAUGCUUGGCUCAACCGAGCAAAAAUCGGCUGCAAUUGCUGUCAUUGAACUAGAAUUGCCCAUAACUGUAGAGGAAUACCUGAAAAUAUUUACAAUUAAAUGUAAAGAAAUGUUGGGAAAUUCUCCGUUAAUGCCAGGUGCUGAGCGAUUGCUGAGGCAUCUCCAUGCUAAUAAGAUCCCCAUAGCAUUGGCUACUAGUUCUGGUGAGCAUAUGGUUGAAAUAAAAGUUACUCAUCAUCGCGACGUGUUUGAACUUUUUCAUCAUCGUGUUUGCGGGUCAACUGACCCAGAAGUUAAAGCAGGCAAACCUUCACCUGACAUAUUUCUUAUAGCUGCUUCUCGGUUCUUGGACAAACCUGACCCAUCAAACUGUCUUGUGUUUGAAGAUGCCCCAAAUGGCGUACAGGCAGCCUUAAGCGCAGGGAUGCAAGUUGUGAUGGUACCAGAUAAACUAGUAACGGAAGAGAUGCGUAAGGGUGCAACUCAAGUGUUAAGGUCUUUAGAGGAUUUUCGUCCCGAAGAUUUUGGCUUGCCACCUUUUCCAACAAUUGGCUAAUUAAUAAGUUUAAUAAGUUAUAGCCAUAAAAUUAUAUUUAUAUUUAAUAGAAGAGCUUAAUAAAAUUCAAAUCAUA